CUAGUGGGAGAGCAUUUCUGCUAACUCUAGGACUUUAUGCCUACUAUAAAACAACAACAAUGGAAACUCAAGAGAGUUUUAAGGAGGAAGAGGUCAUCUGUCACACCAACAGAUUGGCAGCUGCAGAACAAAUGAUGUUUUCUUCAAUGGAGCCCUUUGAAAUCAGUGAGUCAAGGAAAAAGAAAAAAUGUGGAGGAAAUUGUAUCACGUCUGCAAUAAUCAUCUACCUAGUCCUGUUUACAGCAGGUGUGGGAUUUCUGGUGAUACAAGUUUUGAGUCUACAGAAGGAAAUGGCUUCCCAAAGAUCUCGGCUCCUAACACUCGAGAGGCUGUUCUUUCCCAAUGGAACACGGGAAUCUUCCCUGGAUGAAGAAUCAGGUCCAUCUUUCUCCUAUAUCAUGUCCAGCCAGUCACCUCUCAACAUUAAGAGUGAGCAAGAGAGGCUUCUGGGAAUUGAAAAGGUGAUCACUGAGGUGCAAGCCAGCCAGAAAGAAUUAUGUGGAAGGCUGGCCAACAUUACCAUGAACCCAGGGUUUCGAGGGAGCAAAGGUGAUCCAGGCUCUCCAGGACCCCGAGGGGAAAAAGGUGCUGAUGGAUUACCCGGCUUGCCAGGUGUGAAGGGAGAAAAGGGAAUCUCUGGAAGGGAUGGAAUCCCAGGACAACCUGGACCCAAGGGACCACCAGGGAACCCAGGAGCAGCAGGCAUCCAAGGACCAAAGGGUACUCCAGGGGAACGAGGACCUGCUGGUGUUGCAGGACCGCAGGGUGAGAAAGGCAUCAAAGGGGAUGGGGGCCUCAUAGGCCCUAAAGGUGACACUGGAGACAAAGGAGAUAGAGGAGACCAGGGACUCACAGGAAGCAAAGGGGAAGUGGGCCAGAAAGGAGAUACAGGCAUGAUGGGACCUCCAGGAUCACGUGGUUUACAGGGUGUGGCUGGGGAGCCAGGCAAAGCUGGAAUGAAUGGGUCCCCUGGGCCAAAAGGAGAGCCAGGUCAGCCUGGAGCUAAGGGUAUCUCUGGAAUACCAGGUUUGCCAGGAGUUUCUGGUGCCAAGGGAGAAUCUGGCAAAUAUGGCCCUCCUGGACCACCAGGGCCUCCAGGCUCAUCUGGACUUAAGGGAGCACCAGGUGCAAAAGGAGACAAAGGAGAUUCAGGGCAUCAAGGACAGAAAGGGACAAAAGGAGAAACAGGAGUUCCAGGUCCUCAAGGUCAGAAAGGAGCACAAGGAAAUGUGGGGAACAAAGGUGAACCUGGCGCCAAAGGACAAAAAGGAGAGCAGGAACAACUAGUCAAGGUUAGAAUUGCUGGGGGAAGGUCCAAAGGCCGUGCUGAAAUUUUCUACAAUGGUGAAUGGGGCACUAUAUGUGAUGAUUCCUGGGAUUAUCGGGAUGCCACUGUCUUUUGUCGCAUGCUGGGGUACAGGACAGGAACAGCAGUCUCCAAUGAAGGAGGAGGUGCUGGACAAAUUUGGUUGGAUGAGGUUACGUGCAAAGGGACUGAAAGUAGCAUCUGGGAUUGCGAGAAAAAUUCCUGGGGCUCUCACGACUGUCACCAUGGUGAAGAUGCUGGGGUAACAUGCAGCUGAUUCCCACAGAGAACAUCCCAUAUUUUCCCCAACUUCCUUGAAGCCCACACUGUAAACUGAUCACCAAUCCUUAGUCUGGUGACUAGCUUCACUCACAAGGUGUCCUAUGUUAAAUAUACAUGCUUGUCUAUGUGUGGGUGAUUUCACUCUGUAUCAUUCCUAUGCUGCCUAUGGAAAAAUCCUUAAGAAAAUUGGUUGUAUUUUCUUUGACUGGA